AUGAUGAAGACAGUGAUUUUAAUUGUCCUAAUCACCUUCUCUUUGCUGGCUUCAGGGAAGAAAUUCCGAUGGUGCACCCUUUCUGACCUGGAACAAAGAAAGUGUGCUGAGCUCUCCAAAGUGCUUGCAGCUGUGCUGCCCCUCACUCCUGCCAGUUCCUUUACUAGGAUUUCUUGCAUCAGAGCCCACAAUACAUAUGACUGCAUUGAUAAAAUCAGGGCCAAUAAAGCAGAUGCUGCCUCCUUGGAUGCUGGAGAUGUUUACUCUGCUGUAAAGCUGUAUGGUUUGGCAGUGGUGGCAAAAGAGAUCUAUGAUCAAGGAAAUUGUGUGUUUGCUGUGGCCAUUGCCAAACGAGGAACUCUGGAGAUCCAGAACCUGCGAGGUGCGCGCAGCUGUCACAAUGGAGCCAGGUGGACAUCGGGCUGGAAUAUUCCCCUUGGCUUUCUCCUGGCAAGGAAUUAUCUUUCCUGGGAUGAGGCCCAACCUCUGAGCCAAGCAAUUAGUGAGUAUUUCAAUGCAAGCUGCAUCCCUGGGGUUGGUGUUGCUGCUCCUCGAUUGUGUGCUCUCUGCCAAGGACAAAAAUCCUAUGUCAGAGACAGGAACCACUUCUGUGAGACAAGCAGUAAUGAACCCUUCUAUGACUCCGAGGGAGCCUUCAGGUGCUUGAAGGAUGGAGUGGCAGAUGUUGCCUUUUUAGAUCAUCUAAGAAUUAUGAGUGCCACAGAGUCAGAAAAAGAGGAAUAUGAGCUCCUGUGUCCUGAUGGGUCCACAGCUGAGCUGACUGAAUACAGCACUUGUAACCUGGGCAAGGGGCCUGGCCGCGGCAUCGUCACCCGCAGCAACUUCCAGAAGAUCACCAACAAAUUUCUUAGCAUGAUCCAACGCCUCUUUGGGCAUAAAGGAAAGGAAAGAGCCAGAUUUGAACUCUUCAGUUCAGCACCCUUUGGGGGACAGAACCUGCUGUUCCGAGAUGCCACUCAGCACCUGCAGCUUCUCGAGGAGCAGCUGGAGAUUGCCUAUGUCCUUGGUCUGGAUUAUGUAGCUCUCCUUAAGGGACUUGGCCAUGAAGGGAGCUCCUUGGAGAACAGCGUCGUGCGCUGGUGCUGCAUCAGUGAUGCUGAGCUCCACAAAUGUGAGGAGUGGGCACUGAGCAUCAAAUCUGACCCCUUGGUCUGUGUCCAGGCAACUUCCAUGACCAAAUGCAUUGAAAUGAUCAAGAGUAGUGAGGCUGAUGCAGUCACCCUGGAUGCAACACAUGUGUACAUUGCAGGGAGAUGUGGACUGGUGCCUGUAGCUGCAGAAUGCUAUGGGGGAGAUUGUGCCCCAGCAGCUGAGACCAUGGAGAAAACAGGGAAACUAAUUCAUCUUAAGCACAAAGCACUUCCACCAGUUUAUGCUGUUGCCCUAGCUAAGAAAAGUGCCAAACAGAUUCACAUCCAUAACCUGAGGGGAAGGAGAUCCUGCCACAGUCACCUGUACAGUCCUGCAGGAUGGUUACUUCUGUCCAGACACACAGUAGGAGCUCAGCAGAAUGACACUGAGAACUGUGAUGUUGCCUCUGCUUAUCAGAACUACUUUUGGAAGGGCUGCAUGCCAGGAGCAGAUGGGAACCUGUGCAAGGUGUGCAUUGGAGAUGGGGAGGUGGAAGGAGCUCGAGUGUCCAGCAGAUGUGCUGCAAGUCACAAUGAACGUUACUAUGGCAAUAUGGGAGCACUCAGGUGCCUAGUUGGCAAUCCCAGUGGAAGAAGCUUUGGAGAUGUAGCUUUCCUGGAACACUCAAACCUGCUCCAGAACAUAGAGGAACUGAGCAGCUCUGGUUGGGCAGGAGGUUAUUCCCCCCUUGACUUUGACCUGCUGUGCCCGGACGGAAGGCGCGCCGCAGUCACAGAGUGGGCCGGCUGUAACCUGGGCCCCGUGCCCCCCAGCGCAGUCAUGACCCGACCAGUCACUGUCACUAAAAUCUCUGACUUCCUGCUGAAAUCUCAGGAAUCUCUGGGAAGCAAAUUGAAUUCUGAAUUCCAACUCUUUCAGUCGUGGAAGUAUGGUGGAAGUGAUCUGCUUUUCAAGGACACCACUCAGUACCUUGUUCAUGCAAGUCACCUGAGCUAUCAGGAGAUCCUUGGAGAGUCUUUCAUUCAGCUGGCAGAAUCAGUGUUUAAUUGCACACCUGCAGGCAUCUUGGACUUCUGCAAACAGGAUAUCUGUGCAUCCUCAUCCAACUGA